CCAAAAAAAGAAGAAAAGAUGGUUAGAAUUAGAACGCCGUGUUUGCGAAAAAGUGGGCGUUUCGCGGAAGGCUCGCACUCACUCUCACUCGUUCUGUCCCUAAAAUUAAAAUUCACCCUAAAUGCACUCCAAAUAAAUCCAAAACUCGAAUAUCUCCUUAUUCUCUCUCUUCCCAAUCUCAAUCCCAGUGAGUGCUUUCUUUCUGUAACUAACCCCAAUCAUCAACUCAGUCAGCGAAUGAAUCUGUGGACGGACGAGAACUCCUCGGUGAUGGAGGCCUUCAUGCCAUCCUCCGAUCUCUCCUCCAUCUGGCCCCCUCCCGCUCCUCCGCAGCCGCAAUCCACGGCGGUCUUCAAUCAGGACACCCUCCAGCACCGCCUCCAGGCCUUAAUCGAGGGCGCCCGAGAGACCUGGACCUACGCCAUCUUCUGGCAGUCCUCUUACGACUAUUCCGGCUCCACUCUCCUCGGUUGGGGCGACGGUUACUACAAAGGCGACGACGACAAAGCCAAGGCAAAGGCCAAGUCCAAAGCCACCUCCGCCGCCGAGCAGGACCACCGCAAAAAGGUUCUCCGGGAACUUAACUCCCUCAUCUCCGGCUCCUCCUCCGCUUCCGCCUCCGAUGACGUCGACGAGGAAGUCACCGACACCGAGUGGUUCUUCCUCGUCUCCAUGACGCAGUCCUUCGUCAACGGCGGAGGACUGCCCGGACAGGCCUUCUUCAACUCGACCCCCGUUUGGGUCACCGGGAGUGACCGUCUCUCUGCCUCGCCCUGCGAGAGGGCGAGGCAGGGACAUAUGUUCGGCUUGCAAACCUUAGUUUGCAUACCGUCCGCGAACGGCGUCGUUGAACUGGGUUCCACCGAGUUAAUUUUCCAGAACUCGGAUCUGAUGAACAAGGUGAAGGUUCUCUUCAAUUUUAGCAACAACAACUUCGACAUGGGUUCUUCUUGGCCCGCCACCAGCGCCGAUCAAGGCGAAAACGACCCUUCCUCGCUCUGGCUCAGCGAUCCCGAAGUUAGGGAUUCCGUUAACACUGCUGCUGCUACCCCUUCGGUCAUGGUUCCUGCACAGACUCAGGGGAUUUCGAUUUCAAAGACGAUGCAGUUAGAGAGUUCUAUUCAAACCCCUGGUUCGAGUACUUUAACCGAAACCCCUAGUUCUAUUCACGCGAUUCCGCAGAACCAGAGCGUGUUCUCCAGAGAAUUGAACUUCUCUGAGUACGGGUUCGACCCAAAGAGUGGGAACAAUCAGAAUCACCAUUCUCUGAAGCCGGAAUCCGGCGAGAUUCUCAGCUUCGGCGAGAGCAGGAGAACCUCCUACGGCGGCGUCAAUGGGAAUACUAAUACCAAUACCAAUUCCAAUUCCCAUUUUUUCUCCGGCCAGUCACCGUUUGUUGCUGCUGUGGAUGAAAACAAGAAGAAUAACAUGAGCAACAACGGGAAGAAAAGGUCACCGAAUUCGCGUGGCAGCAACGACGAUGGAAUGCUUUCUUUCACCUCCGGCGUGAUUAUUCCGGCCACGAAUUUGAAGUCCGGCGGAGGCGGCGAUUCCGACCACUCGGAUCUGGAGGCUUCGGUGGUGAAGGACCCGGUGGUGGAGCCGGAGAAGCGGCCGCGUAAGAGAGGGCGGAAGCCGGCGAACGGAAGAGAGGAACCAUUAAACCAUGUUGAAGCAGAGAGACAGAGGAGGGAGAAGCUGAACCAGAGAUUCUACGCGCUUCGUGCUGUGGUUCCCAACGUGUCAAAGAUGGACAAAGCGUCGCUUCUGGGCGACGCGAUAUCUUACAUCACCGAGCUGAAGUCCAAGCUUCAGACCCUCGAAUCUGAUAAAGAUGUAUUGCAUAAGCAGCUUGAAGGAGUGAAGAAGGAACUCGAGAAAACAACCGAUAACGUUUCUUCUAAUCACGCGUGUAAUAAUAACAAUAACAACAAGUUGUCGUCGAAUCAGCCGGCGUUAAUUGACUUGGUUGAGAUGGACGUGAAGAUCAUUGGUUGGGACGCGAUGAUAACGAUCACAUGCAGCAAGAAGAACCACCCCGCGGCGACGUUGAUGACGGCAUUGAUGGAGUUGGACUUGGACGUGCACUACGCCACCGUAACGUUGGUCAACGAUUUGAUGAUCCAACAAGCAACGGUGAAGAUGGGAAGUAGAUUUUACACGCAGGAGCAGCUUCGAGCGGCGCUGUCGGCUAAGGUUGGGGAUGUACGAUGAUGUUGGCACUUUGCGGCAGCGUUGAGAUUAUAAGUGUGUGUUUGUGUCAUGUUAUUAGCUAGCUAUCUCUUUCUAAGUUGUGUGCUGCUCUGGGGUAUUUUAAGCCUUCCCGGUAGCUGUUUCUGUAAAAUUUUAAGAUUUUCUUUUUCUUUAUUGGGCAGCUUAGUAUUGAAUUUUGAGGUAAUCAAGUUGGGAAGCUCCAUGGAGUAGUAGUAUAACUAGCUAGGGACAGUUUUCAUCAAAUCUGUGGGUGGAGUGGAAAUAGGGGUAAUUUUAUCUGUUUAGGUAGUGUAUAUAUUUAUAAUAAAUCAUAAAUGUGAUCAUGCAAGUUCUCAAUAUUAUUAUGCUUCAGCUUAUCA